CAUGAUAAGCGGAAGCAUACCACAACAGAUUGUCAAUCUGACAAACUUAACUUUCUUAGAUCUACGCAAUAAUCUUUUGAGCGGCACCAUUCCAUCUGGAAUUAAAAGACUCCAUGAGUUGGAAAUUUUGCUUUUGGAUGGGAACAAAUUAGAAGGAAGCAUUCCAAGUGAGAUAGGUCAAAUGCAACAUCUCGGAUUCUUAAGUCUUACACACAACCAGUUAUCUGGUAAAAUACCAGAUUCUCUUUGUAACUCGCAGCAGCUGAGACGUCUUUUUCUUCACCACAACAAUUUAUCAGGGGAGAUCCCUGUUAGUUUGGAGGGAUGUCAGAAGUUGGAGCUCCUUGACUUAUCUUACAAUAAACUAGGGGGGAGGAUACCUCGUGAAGUCAUCGCCAGCCUCAAAAACCUGCAAUUCUACCUCAACCUUUCAUGGAAUUCUCUGCAAGGGCCAUUGCCACAGGAGAUGAGUAAAAUUGUAAUGGCUCAAGCCAUAGAUAUAUCUGGAAAUCAACUCACUGGGACCAUUCCAAAUUCUGUAGGAGACUACACAGCAUUAGAGCAUCUAAAUCUAUCCCACAACGCCUUUGUGGGUCCACUACCAGAUUCACUCUCCGAAUUGAAAAAUCUCCAAGAAAUGGAUCUCUCUUUCAAUCAUUUGUCAGGGCGGAUUCCAGAAGCAGGGAUAUUUCCAAAUAGAAUUGUUGUGAUACUGUUUAUGGGAAACCCCGGUCUGUGUGGCCCAAAAAAUUAUUCAUUGCCUCCAUGCUCAAAUCUGACAGAUGAAAAAUUCUCUCUGCUAAAAAAAAUAGUGUUCCCUGUUGUUGGAAUCAUUGUACUUGUAUUAUGCUUCUUCAUCUUAGGAAUGCUAUGGCGGCAUAAACUUUUAAGGCAGCUAGUCCGCCCCUCAAGCUUUAUUUUUCAGAGGCUCAGCUAUCCAAAAUUUUCUUAUCAAGAUCUUGUCAUUGCAACAUCUGACUUUGAUGAGUCAAACUUGCUUGGAGUGGGUAGCUUUGGAUCAGUCUACAAAGGCAUCUUGAGGGAUGGUAAGAUAAUUGCCAUCAAGACCCUUAAUUUGCAAAAUGAAGAAGCUCUUAAGAGUUUCAGAAGCGAGUGCAAGCUGUUAGGGAGGAUUCGCCACCGUAACCUCGCCAGAAUCAUUAGUGCUUUUUUCUACCCUGAAUUGAAAGGUUUGGUUCUUGAAUUUGCCUGUAAUGGAAGCUUGGAAAGACAUUUGCACCUUGAAAGGGAUGAUGAGGAAUUUUGUCAAUUUGGAUUGAGAGAGUGUUUGAGAAUUGCUGUAGAUGUAGCCCACGGCAUGGAAUAUUUACAUCAUGAUUGUCCUCUACAAAUUGUGCACUGUGAUUUAAAUUCUAGCAAUGUGCUCUUGGAUGCCAACAUGACAGCCCUUGUCACUGAUUUUGGUAUAUCCCGUUUAACUAGUAUAAAUUCUGUAGAUUCAUUGAGUACAACAACAUUUGCACUCAAAGGAUCCAUUGGAUAUAUUGCCCCAGAGUAUGGAUUGGGUGGGAAUGUUACCAGGGGAGAUGUUUAUAGUUAUGGAAUCCUAAUAUUGGAGAUGAUUACAAGGAAGAGGCCAAGUGAUGAGAUGUUUGUGGGAGACAUGAGCUUGCAAAAGUGGGUGAGAUUGGCUUUUCUAGACAGAUUAGCAGAUAUUGUUGAUAACGGGCUAUGGAGAGAUGUGAAUGAAAACAUGGAGGACAAGAAAUGUCUUAUUUCUUUCAUUCAUGUUGGUUUGCUUUGUAGUAGUGAAUCGCCAAGAGAAAGACCUUCCAUAAGAGAUGUAGCCAAUGCCUUGGAGAGCCUCAAGACGUCUUUGAUGGGAGAUGAAGCUGCUUCCAAUUUAAGAGCCACCAUAUCAGAACUCCUGGCCAAUACCAAUCCCACAGAAACAUUGGCAUCUGACAGUCAAAGUUCUACAUUUUAGAUGUUUAUGAACUUCCAUGAAGUAGUUUUAGUCCUUUAUGUGUGAUAAUUUCAAGUUUGUCUUUCAUCACAAGCUACUCUGCUCUCCUGUCAAAUCCAUCUUAAGUUAAAUUCAUGUGUUUGAGUAAGCAUGAUGUUUUCAAUAAAUGCUUAUUGAAACAGUCCAAACUGUGUUAACAUAUUUUCCUGUUUAGAGCGCUUUCUCUCAUAAUGUGAAAAAGUCUA